CUUUACGUGCGUCAAAUUUAUUUGAAAAUUAAUAGGAAAGAGAAAUCCUUUGGAACUGGGGUACUAAACCCAAAACACGGGUAAAUGACCUUAGAUACAAGCAAUCAUUUCCCAAAUUUGAAAGCAUGCUUUGUAGCUUUCUAAUAAGCCUAGGUGCUGUGUGUAUUCAACAGAGAGCAGACAAAGUGACAGCAUUCCACAUGACUUGUGAACAAGGAUCUAUGCCGAUAGUACAGUUCUUGACCAGUAAAGACCCAGCAAUCUGUAGAAUAACACUUGUUGACUGCAGAGGGCGGACACCGCUUCAUAUGGCUGCAGGCAAAAAUCACACUCACGUUGUCGAGUUCCUGUUGGAAAAUGGAGCGGUCCUGGAUCCUAAGGAUGAUGAGCGCAGCUCGCCGUUGUUCAGGGCGGCAAAGUAUGGUGCGGGCGCGAUGGUUAAGCUUCUUAUGCAGCGCGGUGCUGACGUGACCAUCCGAGACGUGACGCUUAAAUCAGUGGUUCAUGCAGCAGUAGGGGAUCACAAAUCCAUGGAAGCUUUGCUGCAGAGCCCAACAGCUGCUGCACUCAUCACUGAGAAAGACAAUGAUGGGUUUUCUCCAGUUCACUAUGCGGCCAAGACAGGGGAUCUGAAGAAUAUUCAGUUGUUCGUAGGCAAAAACAGAGCUUCUUCAAGUGUAUUAUCAAACAGUAUGGACACACCAAUUCACGUGGCAUCAAGAUACGGAAGGACAGACAUCGUGGAAGCUCUUAUGGACAAUCAAAACGCGAAAAUAAUCAAUUUGAGAAACAAUCACGGUAGGACAGCGCUACACUUUGCCUGUGCGGGAGGACACGACCACGCAACUGAGGCACUACUUAGAAUGGGUGCGACGAUAGACAGAGAUCAAAAUGAACGUACACCACUUCAUUUAGCUGCCAUUAAAGGGUCGUUGCCUUGUUGUGAAGUAAUCGUAAACAAGAACGAGGAGUGUGUUAACGAUUUAGACAAAAACAAGAACACAGCCAUGCACCUGGCAGCAAUCAAUGGUCACGCAGCCGUGGUGAAAUAUUUUCUGUCACAUCCCAGAGCUCUUGUUCAAAUGAAUGGAAACAAUAAAAAUAUUUUGGACAUUGCUGUUGCUUCAGAAUUCAGAGAAGUUGCAACAGUUAUAGCAAAACACGAAAGGUGGCAGGAGGUUUUGUCCCAAUGCUCAACGGGGUUGGUACCCGUGAUGCAAACCUUGGUUCGAAAGAUGCCGGAAGUAGCUGUGUUCUUCUUGGAUCAGUGCAUGGAAGAGAAAGGAGACCGAGAUUCUGAGAACUUUAUGAUAAAAUACGACCUGAAUUUAGUUCAAGGCCAGCAUCCUGGAGAACCUCUUAAAGCUGACAAAAAGUCGCUGCAACUUAUUGAGACAAUGGCAAGUUACCGACGCGAGAGCUGUCUGACUCAUCCUGUCAGUUUCACAUUAUUAAAUAUGAAAUGGAAGAAAUUUGGUUGGCUGACGUUUGCUGUGAAUCUUUUGUCAUAUUUCGCGUUUUUGAUUCCAUUGACAUAUUUGGCUGUGUAUGGACAUACGAACGAAGACACUUUGUGCAUUAAGGACAAUUCUACUGAGUCUGGUUACGAGGAAACGUGUACCAAUUCAGAUCUGGCAACCCAGCUUAUGAGCGCUGUUGUUUUAAUUGCGGUUUCCAUUCUAAUGAUCAAGCAUAUUUUUUCACUGAUACGCAAGCGUAUGGCAUACGUGCUCAUCUUCUUAAAUUACGUGGAGUGGUUAUGUUACAUCGCAUCCUUUGUUUACGUCAUACCAAUAUGUGACUGCAAGAAAGGUUAUAAAACGGAGGUGGGCGCUAUUGCGCUAUUCUUUGGUUGGAUGAACCUCAUACUUUACUUCAGAAGGUUGUCAUCCUACGGCCAAUACGUGAUUAUGCUGACUACCAUGUUUGUCACACUUGUCAAGGUUCUGCUCUUGUGGAUGCUGUUUAUUAUGGCAUUUGGAACGACGUUUUAUAUGAUUAUGGAUCAUGAACACUUCAGUAACUUUUCAUAUGUUCUGAUGACUAUGUACGUGAUGACGCUGGGAGAAUUGAACUACCACGAAGAUUUCUUUCCUUGGGAUGAAUUGCCUUUUCCAGCCCUCACCAACAUUUUGUUUGUUGUCCUUGUUCUCGGAAUGCCAAUUAUUAUGAUGAAUAUGCUGGUUGGUCUCGCUGUUGGUGAUAUCGACAAAAUCCAGCAGAAUGCUCUGAUGGACCGCUACGUAUUACAGGUUCAGUUACUCUUGGAUAUUGAGAAUUCUCUACCACUAUUUAUUCUUAAGCGUCUUCAAGUGCACAGUUACUCUGAGUGCCCAAACGGCCCCAAAUCGAUCAGAACAAAGCUCGUGGAUGCUCUUGUGUCGUUUGGCAAACCAGAGUCCACUGAGGUGGAAGAAUCCGAAGAACUGUCACCCGGCAUGGUACAAAUCCUUGCAAGGCUAGAACAACAGGAAAAAAGAGCGGAUAAAAUGUACAACAUGUUAAGAGAUCAGGCUGAGUUGUUGAAGGAACUGAAUCAGUUGACUCGCGUGGAAGGAGUUAGUUCUCGAGACGGAAAGAAUGGAGAAGAAAAGAACCAAAAAGGAGGGUUGUUUCGUUUUGAAUUCAAAGGAAUUUAACCGAACACUAAGGGAAAAAGUUUG